AUGCUAGACGCGCGUCGCUGGCAUCAAGCCUACACUCCUUCUUCACCACAACGCAACACACGCACAACUCCAUCGGCGCAUCGUUAUGGCGAGCACAACAACAAUGCAUCCACAGCAGGCGACCGUAUAGAUGACUACCGCAUCGACAAGAAACUCGGCCAAGGUGCCACUGGGCAAGUCUUCAAAGCACACGGCUUACGUGGACCUCUCAAAAACAAAGUCAUCGCCAUUAAAAUCAUCAAAAAGACACUCCUCAGUUCAGCGAAACGCAAGCAACGCGUUGCAGAUGAGAUUGCCGUGCAUCGCGAAUUACCACCACAUCCUGCCAUUGUACGCUUUGAGCAUUCUUUUGAAGAUCUCGAGCAUAUCUACAUCUGCACAGAGUAUUGUUCAGGCUCGACGGUGUUUGCCUAUCUUCAGGAGAACUAUCCAACUGGGCUGAGCGAAGCACAAGCCGGCCCGCUCUUUCUAUCCCUUGUACAAGCAGUUUCCUUUAUGCACCUGAAUGAGAUUAUGCACCGCGACUUGAAACUCAGCAAUGUCCUGCUGACAGACACGCUACAGGUCAAAAUUGCUGAUUUCGGGCUAGCCACAAAACUACGCGACGCAACGGCAGAUCAAGACAUGACCAUGUGCGGAACACCCAACUACAUCUCUCCAGAAAUCGUUAAUCGCGCACCUUAUGGCAUUGCGUCGGAUGUUUGGUCACUUGGUUGCAUCCUCGUUGCACUCCUCACCGGCAAACCACCAUUCCAAGGAGACCAAAUCUCAGAAACUUUACAGCUUGUUGCAAAAGGCGCCUAUCGACCCCUCCCACGCGGUGUGAGCCGAGAUGUCAAGAGUCUCGUGGAUGCAAUCUUGCAAAUCGACCCUGAACGACGCUUGACUACUGCUGAAAUGAUGGCACAUCCGUUCUUAGCAGCAGCGGCACAGCGUGAUAUGGGCAUCUCACCACUAUCUCCAUCUUUUGCAUUGGAGAGCUAUACCUCUCGUGGCGCAAAUAUCUUGCCAGUGAACCUUGGCGUACCGUAUCAUACACCCGGCAGGAAAUCGCAGCUUGUGGAUGUAUUGAAUCGAGAGCGACCUAAAUUAUCAGACUUGCUGGGUAAAAUUCAGAGACAAGGCUAUAGUCAUCUCGUCAAUCAACAACGUGCACCAUCGUUGGAGUUGCGAGAGGAGGCGAAUUGGCCACUUGCUGCACCGAGACAAGGCGAUUCUCAUCCUAGCAUGCAAGACGAUCGUUUCGCACAUGAACGCGAGACGACGUAUGAGGAUCCGCAUGGCUUCACCAAACACCAGCAAAUGGUCCCACAACCGGAUUUACAACCACCAAGACGACCGCUCAGUAGUCACAGACGUGCUCAUUCUGCAGCAGAUGCUGAGAUGGAGCCUCGAGAACGGUACUGGCCUCGUGAACAGGAAGCAAUGACGCAAGAUGCUUAUCGUCGUGUUGGAAGGCGUACGCGUUUUGGACAUGCUGAGGAGGACCAAGAAGAUCGGCGUCGUGUCGUUCGCAAAAGUCGCUCAUUCAGUGGACUGCAGCCGUUGCAUGAUGCGUAUAAGACCGGCGAAGGCUGGGUGUCGGACCAAAGGCGCACUUCAACUGAACGGCCGAGCAAAUUGAAUCGAUUCAGUGCGUCGCCAGUUAAACAGAGCGCGCUUCCUCUUCGGACACGUUUUGGCUUACAGCCUUUGCAGAAUGUGGUUGAGGAGAUCAUCAAGGAGGAUGAGGCGAGAGAGUCUGCAGAGGAGAAGAAAUACGCCAAGCGGUCCAACGAAAACACAGAGGAUCCGUCUCUUGCGCUUAUUACUAAAUAUCGAUUCCAAACGACCGGUCUCAAGCCAGCGUCGCAAUCGAGCAAGCAUGGCAAUCUUGCAAUCCUCGAAGAUGGCAGUGUCACGGUGGAACUGGCAAAAGGCGGCCAGCAAUACAGCAUUUCGUCGGACGGCACGCGCAUCACACUCACAACAGACGGCAAGCUACAGACAUUUAACUUGGCAGAUCUGCCUGCACGUCAUCUGCUCGCCUAUCGAUUUGCAUCAAAGUUUGUUAAUCUGGUACGCAGCAAGACGAUUCGGAUUGCCAUCAACGCUGCAGAUGCACGGUCGCGGCUAUAUGAAAAUGACAGUUUCGAAGUGGUCCUCGUUGCCGAGGGACGUAAAGUUGCUUUCGACCCUGCCACGCAAGUCGUCAAGGUCGCUGACAGGGAAGCUGUGCUUUUUAAGGGACCUGUUGACGCGGUGGAUGUUGGAGUCAGGGAAAGUGUGCGUACUGCCAUGAUGUGGUACAAUCGAUGCUACGAGGCGCUCGGUGCAGAGUGUGUCACGCCCCAUGCACUGUCAAGUAUGAGCUUACCCACCAGAGCGCAAAGUCGUGUGGAGAAGAAGUUCGUCGAGGGUACUGGAUGGUGUGAGCGGUACAAGGAGAAUGGUGGCUGGGUUUUCUAUCUGCUUGAAGGCACGAUUGUCAGACUGGACACCACUACGAAGAUGUGCUACCUGGAAGACACCCAAACUGGUCAGACAGAGGAGCAUGUACUGGAGGCUGGUCUUCCGCGGCAUUUGCGCUUUUGCAUAGUCACCCAUCUGAUUGUUGUCAUGGUCGCGUCUCAUACCCAUCAAGCAACCGCGGCACACCCAUACACAUUCCCUGUUUUGCCGGUGCGCUCACUGACUGCCGUCAUGUCUGACCUUGGAGACUCAGAGAUGAGCGACCUCUCUGAUGAGGGAUCCUUCAACGACUUUGAAAUGGAUUCAGAGCUGGAAUCAGACGAUGGAUUUGGUAUGGAAGUAGUGGACGAGAAGUCAAAGCGCAAGGAUUAUGAGGUCGAGUACAAGUCUCUCAGCACAGAAGCACUCCAUACGGCGCAGCGUGCGCAAGCGGCGCAAGUCACAAGUCUGACUGAGCAGAGUGAGGAGCACGCUCUCAUCCUGCUGCGACAUUUCAAGUGGAAGCAAGAACAGCUGCUCGAUCGCUUCAUGGACGAUUCUGAGGCGGUGUUGAAGGCAGCGGGUGUCCCUAGUGCUACCAGUGCGCCGCAGAUCGAGAAGCUAAAGGAAUUUGAGUGUCCAAUCUGCUGCGACGAUGGCGAACUAGUAACCUACUCUCUUGAAUGUGGCCAUCGUUUCUGCCUCGACUGCUACACACGCUACCUAGAAGAGAAGAUUGUGGAGGAAGGAGAGGUGCGCCGUCUCGUGUGCCCUGGCGAAAAGUGCAAACUCGUGCUGCUCGAAUCAAGCAUCAGGCUAUUGACGGAGUCCGAUGUUUUCAGCCGCUAUCAACGACUACUGGACCGUGUUUAUGUUGACGACCACGAGAACAUCAGAUGGUGCCCCGCACCUGAAUGCGAGUGCGCCAUCGAGUGUAACGUACCCUCACGACAAUUAGCUCUGCGCAUCCCGUCUGUCGAGUGUGCUGAGGGUCACUUGUUUUGUUUCGGCUGUGGUCUUGAUGAGCAUCAGCCGUGCAUCUGUCCAAUCGUCAAGAUCUGGCUCAAAAAGUGUGAAGACGACAGUGAAACGUCCAACUGGAUCUCAGCCAAUACAAAAGAGUGCCCAAAAUGCACCACUACCACUGAGAAGAAUGGUGGUUGCAAUCACAUGACGUGUCGAAAAUGCAAAUAUGAGUACUGCUGGGUGUGCAUGGGCACUUGGGCAGAUCACGGAUCUUCUUGGUACAACUGUGGGCGAUUUCAAGAAAAGGACGGUGCUGCUGCGCGUGACACACAAGCCAAAUCUCGCGCCAGUCUCGAGCGCUACUUGCACUACUACAACCGAUUUGCCAACCAUGAACAAUCUGCGAAAUUGGAUCGCGAAUUGUAUGUGCGCACGGAGCGCAAAAUGUCACAGCUUCAGAAAACCUCUGAUAUGUCAUGGAUCGAGGUGCAAUUUCUCAAGACGGCAGUAGACACCCUGACUGUCUGCAGGCGCACUCUCAAAUGGACGUACGCCUUUGCCUUUUAUCUGAAGAGAACCAACGCUACUGAGUUGUUUGAGGACAAUCAGAAGGACCUUGAACUCGCAGUGGAGCAGCUAUCAGAGCUUUGUGAGCGACCCAUCAUCCAAGAGGAAGUUGCCAAGCUACGGCACCAGGUCCUCGACAAAACUGUGUAUGUCGGCGCCCGGCGAGAGGUCUUCCUCACAGACACAGCACGUGGGCUUGCUGAAGGUCGUUGGGCUUUCACGGUGGAUGUAAAGCCUCCUGGGGGUCGGUAA